AUGACCGGGGAUGCACGUGCCAGCUGCAUUAAAAAGAGGCAGCUGUGCUUGAACUGUUUCGCCAGAGGUCAUCAGCUCCGCGAAUGCCAAAGCGCCCACAGUUGCUUCACUUGUGGAUCCCGCCACCACACGCUUCUGCAUUUUGGUACUCCAGCUUCCAGCGAAUCGACAUCCACCACAGCGGAGAAUACCGCUUCCUCCGUCGCUCCACCCAACCCAUUCGGGACCCUCGGAAUUCGUUGGAAGGCAACGUCCGAUGAGUUCUUCUUUCUUCCUCCCGUGUUAACGCUCGAGUCAUCCUACACCAAACGCGAAGCUGUUUGCCCCGCGGGGUGGCUGGUUGAGAUCUGGUUGCAAGAGUUGGGAUGGGACGAACAUCUCCCAAAUGCGUUGUAUCAGCGCUGGCUAGACUUUCUGCAAAGUCACGCUUUUCUUCCCCAGAUCAAGAUUCCAAGAUGGAUUGGCGCCCAGCCACCGGUAAAGAUCGAUCAUCACGGUUUCUGCGAUGCAUCUGAAAAGGCGUACGGUGCCGCGAUCUACGUGCGCGUCGAGUGUGACCAGCAUAUUACGGUGAAUCUGUUGUCGGCGAAAGCACGAGUUGCUCCCGUGAAAGCCGUUUCGGUUCCCCGAUUAGAGCUGUGCGGUGCAGUACUCCUUUCCGAAAUGGCGACGGCUAUCCUGCCAAGCAUGCCGACGGAAAGUCCUCAAUGUUAUUACUGGACCGAUUCUACGAUUGUACUGGCUUGGUUGAACAAGCCCGCUUGCCACUGGACUACCUUUGUGGCCAAUCGAGUGACCAAAAUAGCUCAAACUACCGGAACCAAGGAUUGGGCUCAUGUCCGUUCCGAACAUAACCCCGCUGACUUAGCCAGUAGAGGCGUAGCUCUGCAGGAACUGGUAGAUAACCAACUCUGGUGGCAUGGGCCAGCUUGGUUGCAAUCUCCACGUGAUCAAUGGCCGACCCAAGCCGAUGCAGCUCCAAUUAUGACCCUAGAGCAGAGGUCCGUAAAGGUCCAUUUUGUUCCCAGCCCAUCCAAAGAUUUCCUGGAUCGAUUCUCCCAGCUUGAGCGGGCUCUACGAGGGCGGGCGUAUGUUCUACGUUUUAUUCAGUGUUGUCGGAAGGUAGCACCCGCAGGUGGGGACCCCCUCUCUAGCGCGGAAAUAAACGAAGCGGAACGACCGUGUCACAGCUUCUCAAGAUCUGAAGUAUGA